GCGCUGCAGUUCGUGAGCACGAUCGCAAGCAAGAUGCGCUCCAACAGCUACCCGCGCGUGCCUCGCGCAUUGUUUUGCUCUGCCCUUCUUUUGAGCCAAUAUGCGGUCGUAGACGCUAACAACUGGGCAACGGGGCGAGCCUCUUCAUCGCGAUCCUCCACCCUAGCGGUGAUGCAACCUGGCGGAAGGAACAGACCCAUCCGCGACUGGAAGGCGAUCAAGAGGGAGGCAGAGGAGAAAAGGAAGAACAAGAAAGAGGAGAAGGCCGAUGAGGCUGUUGAAGCUGCGGAAGAGACGGUGGAACGAGUCGUCGAUGAGCAGGUAGACCAGCAGCUGGAGACGGUGUCUGCGGAGUCGCUCGACAUGGAGGAGGACACGGCCGAGGAUAUUGGGAUCAUGCUGGCCAAGGUUGUUGUGAUCGCUACUGCUGGAGUGUAUGGUGUCAAGAAGGUGGUUGCGUUCGCGAAAGCCUUCACGAAGGCCCGCAAGCACAGGAAAAGCUCGGGAGAAGAAGGUGGAGGGGAAGCUGACGGCUUGUCUGCUGUGGCUGCCACGAAAGACGCCAAGGACAAGGACGAUGACAACGACAACGAGGGGGGAGAUGCAGAGGUGGCUAGUGGCGGAAACAAGGAGGGCGAUGCGACUGCGGAGGAAGAGGAGGACGAGACAACGGAUGGGUUUGUCACAGCAGACGAGGAAGAGGAGGACUCGGCAUCGGAGAUGCUAGCAGGCAUGGGCAAAGCGGCCAACGACAUGAAAAAGAGGGCCAAGGGUAGCUUUGACAACUUUAAGAGCGGUCUCGGAGAAGCCACCGGCAGAGGAGACGAGGAUGUCCAGGGGGCGGAGGAGGGCGACUCUUCUCCAGCCCCCCCGAAAGGCGUUGACGGGGGUAAAGUUGACGUGUCGUACGUUUGAAUUCAAGAGUAGAAAACGUGUGUUAUGUCUAGACUUCGUAGAUACAUUUCGUCUGUGGCAUUCUUCUAGAGUAGCGUGGUCGCGUUUUUGGCGCCUGAACGUCGGUACGUACGGGAUGCUUUUUUUUUUUUUUUUUUAGCCUUUGUUCGUCGCCACGUUCAAACGCAAGGCGCAGCCACUGCCAUAUCGAGAGGGUAAACUGCUGCUUCUUUCACUGCGUGGUGUGACCGCCGUGUGUAGCGAGCCUUGUGUGCGUUUCUUCGGGAGUGAGGCAAUGAUUCACGCAGUCCACGGCACCGACGUAAAAGUGGACGGAAGCCACGAAGGUAGAGGGGGGAGUACCCUGACAUGCAGCGGUGCUGCAGGGAGCUGAGAGGUUCAUGACCUCUUGGCACGAGAAGGAAGAAGAGGCCAGCCGACAACGGGCGCUCAAACGAAACCACAAGCCACCAACCAAUGGGGCCGUAGGGGGGCAGGAGACGGACGAGACGGCGAGGGAAGAAAGCAAACGAGAACAGACGGACCGAGUGGCGCGAUACGUGCCGGAUUGAAUUUCUUUUAGCCAAUCCUCCCCCCCCCCCAACGCUGCACCAUUGUACCAACCCCCCACUAGUGAUGACGUACCAUUACAAUGUAUCGCUGGUUGGUGGCCAUGUUUGCGU